AUGAAACAUCUGGUGAGUAGACGAAUGGCAGGAAAAUUGGCAAUUGUUGGUGGAGCAACAUUGUUGGUUGUUAACAACGAAGUGUUUGGUGCAAAUAAGUAUGCAAGACAAGUUAUUAAUAAUCUGAGAAAUUCAUUGCCAGAAACAGCUGAAGCUUUUGAUAAGAUACCUUCGACAAGUGAAAUAAAUAAUUGUGCUAUUGAUACAUGGAAUUCUGGUGUUCAUAAAACAUUUCAUUGGUUAGCCGAUGCACCGUCGACAACUAAAAAUGGAUUGAUCACAGUAUACAAUAAAGUCAAAGAUCUGUUUUAG